UUGACUGUCUCUUAAUUAUAUUGAGGGCAAUAUGUUGCGUUUUAACUGUGUUGCUUUUGUUAGCCUCGCCAUUAUUGGCGUUGCUUUAAGUGCUCCAAGCACUACACCAUCUGACGGAGAUGAUAGAAUCUUACAUGGACGAAAAGUGGACCAAUUAGAACACCCUUAUCAAGUUUCUCUCCAAUAUGUGAAAGGCGAAAGAGUGGGGAAAUUCUGUGGUGGUGUCAUUUUGAAUAAAAACUACGUUUUAACUGCUGCUCAUUGUUUUAUGGGCGAAAAACGUGAUACACAUAUCAACGCUGGUGUAAAAGAUGCAUUCGAUUACAGCCCACCAUCACAAUUCAUUAAAGUUGCCGAAGUUAUGCUAAAUGAUAAAUGGGAUCCAAACACUGCAAUAGGCGAUAUUGCAUUAUUAAAACUUGAAACUCCAUUGAAAAUGACACCAACAGUUCAACCUAUUCAAUUGCCAUCAAAAGGAUAUAAAGCAUCUGGUGUAGGUGAAAUCAUUGGAUGGGGUGCCAUUAAUAAUGAUGAAACAGCCUCAUCAAGGGAAUUAUUGAGUGCAACUGUUCCAGUUUCCAAUCCAUCAGAUUGCAGAAAAUUCAGAAAUUUCCGUAAUAACAACCAACUUUGUUUAGCAGCCAAUGUUAAAUACAAUGCAUGUGCUGGCGAUUCUGGUGGUGGAUUUAUCCAAAAAAAUGCGUCUGGAAAACCCAUAGUAGCUGGUAUUACAUCGUUUGGUGCUGAAGGUUGCUACGAAAAGGAACCAAUUGUAUAUACGGAAGUAGCUGGAUACCUUGACUGGAUUGAACAAAAUAUAAAAAAUACAAAAAGUGUUAUUAAAAUGGCACGUUUAACAUAUCUAUUGUUGGGGUUUGCGAUUGUUGUAUCCGUUCUAGGUGCACCGUCAAAUAUUACCGAUGGUGACGAUAGAAUAUUAAAUGGUAAAAAAGCCGAAAAGAAUGAAUUUCCAUUUAUGGUUUCUCUUCAAGAAACAGAUUUUAAACCAAUUAAAUUUUGUGGUGGAGUCGUUAUCCAUAAAUCAUGGAUAUUAACAGCUGCUCAUUGUCUGAAACAAAAUUUCAAAAAACUUACAAUCAAUGCUGGUAAUAUAAAGGCUUAUGAUUAUGGUGGAACAUCUCAAAAUAGUGAAGUAGCCAAAAUUAUAUUACACGAUAAUUAUAUAAAAACAGAAAAGCAUGACGAUAUUGCCCUAUUGAAAUUAAGAAUUCCUUUACAAUUCACAAGCUCAGUUCAACCAAUUGCUUUGCCACCAACUGAUCACAAAGUUACUGGUAAAGGUAUGAUUCUUGGAUGGGGAGCAAUUAAUGCAGAUGAAUCUAAAUCGUCUGACUUUUUACUAAAAGCUGAACUACCCGUUUCGGAUCCAGAAGACUGUGAUCAAUUUGUAAGUUUUACCAAUCACAAUCAAUUAUGUCUUGGCCAUAAUGUAAAAGAAAAUGCUUGUAGUGGAGAUUCAGGUGGCCCAUUUGUACAAAAAGAUGCAAAUGGAAAACCAAUGGUGGUUGGUGUUGCAUCAUUUGGAAAAGAAGGAUGUCAUGAAUAUGUUCCUAUUGUUUAUACCGAAGUUGCACCUUAUAUAAAAAUAUUUAUUUUACAUAAGAACUUCCCAAAUAUUUUUAUUUUGCACUCGCAUAUCAAAAUGGCAAAUGUUAAUUACAUAUUAUUGAGCUUUACGAUUAUUGGAACAGUUUUAUGUGCUCCCACUAAUAAUACAACUGCCACGGAUGGUGACGAUAGAAUAUUACACGGUACGAAGGCAAGUCCAAAUGAAUUCCCGUAUAUGGUAUCCAUUCAAGAUUUCGAAGAUGGUGCUUACGUGAAGAAAUUUUGUGGAGGAGUGAUCAUUGAUAAAUCAUGGAUAUUGACUGCUGCACAUUGCGUUAAAAAACCACGCUAUAGUAGUUUACGUAUAAACGCAGGUACAAAUGAUGCGUAUGAAGUACAAGGAAGAACAAACCAAUGGAUUGAAGUAGCCAAAAUAAUUAUGCAUAACAAAUAUGACAAAAACGACAAACAUCAUGAUAUUGCCUUAUUAAAAUUAAAAACACCUUUAAAGUUUACAAAAUCGGUGCAAGCAAUCGCCUUACCACCUAAAGGCUAUAAAGCGACUGGUUCCGGAGACAUUAUUGGAUGGGGUACCACUAAUAAAGAAGAAACAAAAGCAUCAGAUGUUUUAUUAAAAGCUAGCUUACCAGUUUCAGAUCCAGAAGAAUGUGAAGUUUAUUUUGAAAGUUGGGGCGCUAAUCAACUAUGCCUUGGUUAUAACACAAUACACAAUGCAUGCUCUGGAGAUUCUGGUGGUCCAUACAUACAAAAGAAUUCUUCUGGAAAAGAAAUGGUGGUUGGUGUUACAUCAUAUGGAACAAGUGGAUGCUAUGAAAAAGUUCCUGUUGUGUAUACAGAAGUUGCUGCCUAUCUUGAUUGGAUUGGAACUACAAUGAAAACUAAAUAAGAUAUUUCAUAGAAUAAUGGAAGACUAUAUUGUACCUGUGAUCAAAUUUUACAUAGAAUUGAAUGCCCUUUUUCAAAAUAUAACCAUGGAAUAAUUUUCUUCUUGUAAUCAUUCCUACACACUAUACAUUUUGUUUUAAAUACUCGAUCAAUAAUAAGCCUAAUUUAUAUAGGUUAUUAAUUUGCGAUUCAUGGUACGAGUCCUUAAUCUACUAUGGAUCUUAAUGUAGUGUACCUUGGUACAACCUCUCAGAUUGUAAUCGGAGAUAGGUACUGCUUCUUUAAUCUUCUUGUUUCACACUAUGAACUGGCAUGCCUCGUAUCAUGAAGCUGAAAAAUUGGCAAAAAAUAAUUGUAGCACUGAGUAUUUAUCCAAAGUAAAUAACUGAGGAUUUUUUACUUAACCAUGCAAACAGAAUAGAUGGGGUAUUGGUAAGUCUGAAUUUUUGAGUCCAAAAACACGAAAUUUUGAUUACUCAAAUUUUGUGUUUAUUAUAUUUUAAAACAAAAGUAAUUUUCUCCUCUGGUAAAUAAACUUUGUCUUUAUAUACUUGCAUACAGCCUCGUAGAUAGAAUAUAUUUCAGGAAAUUGAAGGGCGGUCCAGGUACAAUAUCAUCAAGGUACAAUACUCUACCCUAUGCAUUUGUGUAUUUAUUUUUGUUAUGUAAUAAAUUAUAUUAUUAAUUCUGA